CCCCAAUGUAAGAUGUCCUAAUGAUUUGAUCGGCACACAACUUCUAAAUUAGAGGUCUUAAAAUUAAAACUCAGGAUGUUUGAGAGGCAAGGAGGGCUAGCUAGAGAUGUGUGCAUGAUUUUUCUUAAUUGAGAGCAGAUUAAAUUAUAAAAAUGAACUUUAAUGGAGGGGAAACUAAAAAUUUAAUGGGGUGCAAAGUAGCUUUAAUUGGUUAGUCUAUCUACUAUUAUGAUCAUCAGCCAUGUAGUCUAGCAAUGGAGUUGUCCUUAGUCUUUAUAUACCAAAAAAAAAAAAAAAUCUACUAUUGUAAAAAUGUUUGUAAAGGAAGGCAAAGUUUAUAAACCUUACAUGAACAUUUCUUUCUACCGAAGAACUGGAAACAAUGGCUUCUCUUUUUUGAUAUCCAUGUUUCUUGAGAUUCAGCUUCUCCAUAGCUCUUCGGAGAUUUUCAAACUUCUUUGUCUUCCAGGCCAUUGCGGACUUCAUGGUGUCCCUUCGCCGUACCAGCGGUUGAUCAGGUCCUCUGCCCAUUUGAGUUUGGAGGCUUCGUCUGGAUCGUUUUAAGACCAAAUCUAGACAAAACAGAACCAACGGACCUUGACCUUGUCAGAGACAUGGUUUUCUUUAUCUCUGUCUUCAGUUUCAGGUGCCGGAGGACUGUGUGUCAGGUUGGCCCCCAGGGAGUCCAUAGACAUUUAUUUUCUCCCAGAGGAAGUAAUGCAAAUUUAAAUUAGGUGAUGUGAAGAUGAAGAUGGGUUGAAGCUUUAGCUGUUCUUGCUCCCCACGUCAACCAAGACAGCUCUCCACCAUACUACAAUAAUAAAUUAUAGUCAAAUGA